CGUCCCCAAGAACCUUCAGUCACCGCCCCGCCCCGCCGCGCCCCGCCCCACGCACCCACGACCCGCCCCACCGCAGUCACCGCCACCUGCAGUCUCCGCCGCCCCGCCGCGCCAUGCAGCACGCCAGGCUGGCCCUGCCGGCCCUGCUGGCCCUGCUGGCCCUGCUGGCGGCCCUGCUGCCCGGCGCCGCCGCCGCGGACAUACUUAUGCUGACGCCCUUCGGCUCACGCUCCGUGCGUGGCCUCUUCGGUGCCCUGACGGAGGGCCUAACGGCACGCGGGCACGCUGUCACCCUGUUGACCAGUGGAGAGGCGCCGUGCCCCCAUGCCAACGUAACGCACGUGCGCGCGCCACACUCCUCGCUGGACCAAAUGGACCUGUUCGAGGUGCGCCGGGAUGCCGCCGCCUUCAGGCUGUGGCUGCGCGCCCUGCCGUCCGUGGCGCGGCGCCUUUACGAGGACCCUGCCGUGAUGGCGCUGUGGCGGCGCCGCCACCACUUCGAUGCCAUCAUCAUCAACAGUGCCGCCAAUGAGAUGGCCUUCCCCUUCCUGCUGGGGGUGAGCGCGCCCUUCAUCACGCUGGCGCCCGCGGGCACGGAGCCCCUGCAGCUGUCCUACCUGGGCAACAUGGUGUCCCCCGCAGCGCUGCCCAGCGUGGUGGUGCCCUACCAUGACACACUCUCGCUGUGGGAGCGCCUCGUCAACACCCUGGCCACGGGCGUGCUGCGCGCUUACUUCUGGCGCAGCGUGGGCCGCCCGCUCACCGCCGCCCUCAGGGACACCUUCCCUGACCUGCCGGACCCACACCAGGUGUACCCCCGCCAGGCCCUCGCUCUCAUCAACAGACACCACCUGCUGGACGGCGCCCUGCCGCUCCUGCCCAACCAGGUGGAGGUGGGCUGCCUCGCCUGCCGCCCCGCCCACACCCAAGCACUGCCACAGGAUGUGUCGGCGUGGCUGGAAGGCGCGGGGGAGUCUGGCGUUGUGUAUUUCAGUCUCGGCAGCUUCCAGGACUCUUCCACGAUACCUCAAGAGUACCUGGACAUUUUAGUCAACGCGUUCGGCCAGCUCCCGCAUAGAUUCCUGCUGAAACUCUCCGGCCACACGAGAAAGCUACCCAGUAAUGUUAGAGUCUUCGAGUGGCUGCCUCAACAAGACGUGCUGGGUCACCCCUCUGUCCGCGCCUUCGUCACCCACUGCGGCAAACACAGCGCGGCGGAAUCUAUCUACCACGGGGUGCCUAUGGUGGGUCUUCCAAUUACGUUUGACCAGCCUAGAACGUGUGCGCGGCUGGCCAGAAGGGGUGAAGGGGUUGUUCUGCAGUGGGAGGCCCUAACAGUGGAAGGGGUGAUAAAGGCAGUCAAGGAAGUCACAGAGAAUCAGAGGUAUUCGGAGCGAGUGAAGGCAGUAUCGGCAAGGCUGAAGGCGCAGAAGGAGACAGCGAUGGAGCGAGCAGUGUGGUGGAUAGAGUACGUCACGAAAUACGACGACAGCUUCCUCAAAUUCUCGGGGAAGGAUUUGAGCCUGGGGCAAUACCUCCUGCUGGACGUGCUGGCAAUACUGCUGUGUGUGAUGCUGCUGACUGCUGCCGUGGUCUUCCUGCUGUGUCGCCUGCUGUACAGACGGCUGUGGCUGCGUCUGUGGCCGUGGGGGGGCGGGAAGACCAAGGCGGAAUGAGAGGAGGAGGAAGAGGAGGAAGAGGUGGUAGUAAAGGAGAAGAUAAAGAUGAAGAGGCAAGGAAGAGUGAUGAGGAAGAGGAAGAGGAAGAGGAGGAAGAGGAAGAAGAGGAGGAGGAAGAGGAGAUGGUGGUGAAUGAUGAAAUUAUUU